AUGGCCGUGUUAUUCCCCAUUAUCUGCAUACAACAUAUUCCACCUAACAUACUUUCCCAUAUUAUCUUCACGGCCUACCGGAGAAGCUUUUUCCGACCAGAGAGCCUCUCUAUCCUUGAAGUUGACUCAGACAUUGAAGAACAUGCAUUCUCCGCCGUUCACUUCUACGAUUGCUAUGACGUAUCUGCCUUCCAUGGGAAAAGUAUUGACGAUGUUAUUCAUAUUCUUCGAGAAGGUGUGACUGGAAAUGCAGUAGCAGCAAACUUGUUCUACAUUGCGGACGACCAGACGACCAAAGAUCACACCUUGCUCCUGACUCAAGUCCAAGAUCAAGAGAAUGAUACAUGCGUGUCUAGUGUCCGACUCGCACCUGAAUUUGCGAAUGGAAUGGCGAUAUUGAUAUAUGAUUCUGACCCCGACAUAUCAAUCCAAGAUAUUCAGAAAGACGUCGAUGAGGAUGGCGUGUAUAGGGGUGGGAGGGAUACCCCAUACCAAUAUGUUGGGACAACGAGUCACUACUUGAAUCGUCCAGAGGCGUCAGAAGAUGGCAAUUGA